AUGCCAGUAGUAGCAUCAGUUGUCUCUCCAACAUCUUGUUGUUCAAUCAAUCUCCCUCAGGCAUCCUUAAUAAAUAUGGCAUUCCGAAUUGUUGCUGUCUUCAGUGUCCUGGUCGUCUUGGCCCAGGGAUCGCAACUUCCUUCCGCUGGACAAGUAUCAGCCGUGGGAUCUCGUAACUCAGGCGUCGCUUCAUCUGGAUAUGGUGGUAUCUCUGCCGCUUCUCCAGGGCGCUAUCGACCUGUCAGUGGUCUCCAGCCUCAACGUCCAGUGACCGCCCAUGGAUCAGUUGUUCCGGCUCCAGCUGCCGCCACCACUCGUCGUGUGUCUGGAUCCCGUAAUCCUGCCCUUCCAGUCGCUGCUCCUCGCCAACAGGCAUCUGGAUCCUACCAACGGGCUGCUGCUGGGCCAGCCAUUGCCGGUCGCCCUCGUCUGACUGCGGCACCAGUUUCACCCAUUCGUCAGCCUCAGGUUGCAUCUGGUAAUGUCCACAAGAAUCGCAACCAGAAACCCUACUAAGACAGCCUGGAACCCAUUGAACCGAACUG